UGGCGGCAGUCAUACUCUUCUUUACGAUAGAAAGCCCACACCACAUACCUCUGACGGAAGUCAUCGGCCCAGCAUGGCUCAUGUUGCUUCUGGGAACUGUGCACUGCCAGAUUGUCUCCACAAGAACUCCCAAAUCAUCCGCAAACACCGGAGGGAGAAGGAGGAGGAAAUUAAGGAAAGCAGCCCACUUGGAAGUGCAUCGUGAAGGGGAUGGCUCUAGCACGACCGACAACACUCAGGAAGGAACCGUCCAGAGUUAUGGCACCAGCAGCUCUUACAGUCUUUGCUCUGUCUUCAAGGAACUCUGGCACGCUACUUCCUUUUUAUCAGGAGCAAAGAAAGCAAAGAAUUCCAUCGACAAGUCCACGGAAACCGACAAUGGGUACGUCUCCCUUGAGGGAAAAAGGACAGGGAGAAACAAUGAAGAUGCUUUGCAGUUCCAGGAUCCUGUCUCUGAGGUCAUCCGGGCAGAAGAGACCGGCUGGAAUAUCGGAACUGCCCGAAGUACAUACAACACUUCGAAUCAUAAAGACAGUCACCGAACAAUGACAAAUAUAUCCGAUGAAGUUUCUAGUGAGGAGGGGCCGGAAACUGGCUAUCCUUUACGACGGAAUGCUGAACGCGCUUCCAGCGAUUGUGCGUUUCGGAACAAGAAAACUCAUCACUAUAAGAAGCAUUACCCCAUAGAGGAUGUCCCCAAAUCAGGGACCAGCUGCAGUUCGCGAUGUUCAAGCUCCAGGCAAGAUUCGGAGAGCACCAGGCCAGAAUCGGAGACGGAAGAUGUGCUGUGGGAGGAUUUUUUGCACUGUGCCGAGUGCCGCUCGUCCUGCACCAGCGAGACCGACGCGGAGAAUUCUCAGGUCAACUCCUGCAUGAAGAAGGAGUACAGGGACGACCCCUUUCAUCCGAGUCAUUUGCCCUGGUUCCACAGCUCUAACCCCGGUUUAGAGAAAGUCAGCGCCAUCGUGUGGGAAGGGAACGACUGCAAAAAGGCUGACAUGUCCGUUCUGGAGAUCAGCGGCAUGAUCAUGAACAGAGUAAACAGCUACGUUCCGGGCAUCGGAUACCAGAUUUUUGGAAACGCGGUCUCCUUAAUCCUAGGAUUAACCCCGUUUGUGUUUAGACUGUCCCAAGAAAAAGACCUGGAACAUUUAGCCAUGCAUACGGCUACCGAGCUCUAUGCCAUCGCCUUCGGGUCAAAUGGAAACCUAAUGGUGAUCUCCAUGGUUAUUGUCUGCUUUAUAGUCCGUGUUUCCCUCGUGUGGAUUUUUUUCUUCCUUUUAUGCGUGGCUGAGAGAACGUACAAGCAGAGAUUGCUGUUUGCCAAAUUGUUCGGUCAUUUAACAUCUGCCAGGAGAGCCCGGAAGUCAGAAGUUCCGCACUUCCGGCUGAAAAAAGUGCAGAAUAUUAAAAUGUGGCUUUCCCUCCGCUCCUAUCUGAAGCGAAGAGGACCUCAGCGUUCAGUGGACGUCAUCGUUUCCUCUGCUUUCUUGUUGACUAUUUCUGUUGUAUUUAUCUGCUGCGCGCAGCUGCUUCAUGUCCAUGCAGUCUUCCUGGAUUGCCAUUAUAAUUGGGAACUAGUGAUCUGGUGCGUUUCCUUAACCCUCUUUCUUUUGAGAUUUGUAACACUUGGGAGCGAAACAAGCAAAAAAUACAGCAAUACAUCAAUCUUGCUUACGGAACAGAUAAACUUGUACUUGAAAAUGGAAAAGAAGCCAAACAAGAAAGAAGAACUAACUUUGGUGAACAACGUCUUAAAGCUGGCCACGAAGUUAUUAAAGGAACUGGACAAUCCCUUCAGAUUAUACGGCCUAACAAUGAACCCUCUGCUCUACAACAUAACACAAGUUGUUAUUCUGUCUGCUGUUUCGGGUGUAAUCAGCGACUUGCUUGGAUUUAACCUGAAGCUUUGGAAGAUCAAAUCCUGACCCCUCUUCCAACACGGUUGCGUUGGAGAAGACAACUCAGAAGACUAAACGGCCUCUGUGCAGCCCCCCCCAGUGGCGGAUUUCAGUCAUUGCAAUCUCUUGACGGACAUCCUCGGAGGGGGGGGGAAACCCUGAAGUGUUUACAACUGACUGACUAGUGCAAUCUAAAUAUUUAUUUUACCUUUUCGAUU